AUGUCAACAUCUUCAUCCGAUGGUCUAGACGAAAGAAUAGACGAACUUGUUGAUGAAAUCGUUGAAGAUUACUACAAUGACAUAGUGGAGGACCAACCCGAUGAUGAGGCGAACCGUGCUUAUAUUGAACGAGACCGGGAAGGAGGAGAUGAUCAGUUAUGGAAUGACUACUUCAGUGAAGACCCGACAUACUCGGCACAAAUAUUUAGAAGACGUUUCCGCAUGAAAAAGAAUUUAUUCCUGCGUAUUGUCAGAGCCCUCAAGCAGAACUUUAUAUUCUUUCAGCAGAGAAAAGAUGCAACCGGGAGGUGGGGUCUAUCAUCACUUCAAAAGUGUACGGCGGCUAUUCGUCUGCUUGCUUAUGGUACAGCGGCUGACUCGGUUGACGAAUAUCUCCGACUUGCGGACACUACAGCACACUCUUGUUUACAUCAUUUCACUGACGCAGUUAUACACUUAUUUGGUAAUGAGUAUCUACGACGACCCACAAAGGAGGAUCUUCAACGACUACUCUAUAUUGGAGAGCAACGCGGUUUUCCAGGGAUGGUCGGGAGCAUUGACUGUACCUUAAACGAUAUUAAUGUCCUCGAUCGGUCUCCUGUUUUUGACGAUAUCUUAGAAGGUCGAGCUCCGAGGGUAAGGUACAUGGUCAACGGACACAUGUAUAAGUUGGCAUACUAUCUCACGGACGGUAUAUAUCCAAAGUGGUCAACAUUUAUCCAAUCUAUCACACUCCCUCAAUGUCCCAAACAAGCGUCAUUUGCUAAAUGGCAAGAAGCAGCCCGAAAAGAUGUCGAGCGGGCAUUUGGAGUAUUGCAAGCUCGGUUUGCGAUAGUGAAAAACCCGGUUCGUACAUUGGACAGAGAGAAGAUAGGGAAGAUUAUGAGAGCAUGUAUCAUACUACACAAUAUGAUAGUUGAAGAUGAACGAGAUGGUUAUACAAACCGGGUUAAUAUUUCAGAUUUUCAAGAAGGAGAAUCUUCCAGAACCUCGGAGGUCCUAAACGAAAUUCCUACAUUGUUCAAUGAUACAUUUCCCGACCGCAAUGAUCUUCGUGAUAGGCAAACUCAUGAUCGAUUGAAGAAUGAUUUGAUCGAAAACAUUUGGAAUAAAUUUGGUAAUCAAGAUUAA